AUGUUUUAUGUUUGGAAUUCUAAACACAGAAGAUGGGUAGCUAGACAGAAACGUGGAUCUGUUGGAAGAAUUCAUUAUGUCCCUCCAUCUCUAGGAGAAUGUUAUUAUCUCCAGAUUCUUCUAAAUAAAGUUAUAGGGCCAACUUCAUUUGAAGAUAUUCGUACCGUCAAUGGUCAAGUGUACCCUUCUUAUGAAGAAGCAUGUUUUGCUUUAGGUCUACUGGACGACGACAAAGAGUAUGUUUCGUGUAUUAAAGAAGCUAAUGCAUGGGCAUCCGGUAGAUAUGUUCAUUCGCUUUUUGUGAUGCUGUUGCUGUCUAACAGUUUAUCCAGACCAGCAUCUGUAUGGUGCCAAACAUGGGAGGAUAUGUCAGAUGACAUUCUCCAUACACGAAGGAUUCGUACUAAAAACCCAGUAUUAACCCUCCAACCAGAAGAGAUUAAGAAUCAUGCAUUAGCUGACAUAGAAUGGUUGCAUAGAAACAAUGGCAGCACGUUGUCCAAUUUUCCCGACAUGCCUUCUCCUGAUCAACGAUAUGUCAUUAGCUCAUCCAAUCUGUUGGUCCAUCAAGAACUUUUAUAUAACAAAGAUUUGUUACAAGAUGAGCACAGUACCCUUCUUUCCAGUCUCACAAGUGAGCAAAGGUGUGUUUAUGAAACUCUCAUGGCGGCUGUUGAGCAUCAACGUGGAGGUAUGUUUUUUGUUUAUGGAUAUGGUGGUACUGGUAAGACGUUUAUUUGGAAAACUCUAUCUGCUGCCUUGCGUUCUAAAGGUAAUAUUGUAUUAAACGUUGCUUCGUCUGGUAUCUCAUCCCUUUUGUUAAGUGGUGGUAGAACCGCUCACUCCAGAUUUAUCAUUCCUAUUAACGUUAACGAGGAUUCGGUCUGUUCUAUUCAACCUAACGGUGAUUUGCACAACUUCUGA